AUGACCGCACUUGACAGUCCUAUGGAAGACUGCCCCAACAAGUACCAGCUGGUGGUGCUCUUGCUGCGUUUCCUGCGUGGUUGCACUGUGGCCGGUCUACAGAGGCCUAAUGCGAAAAAUCAUGUAGUACUACAAGUUUAUUAUACACUAGAGAGCUAUUCAACUUGGAUUAUUUUCAAUGCUUACAGAUCAGUACGACAAGAAAUUUAUGUGUGUGAAUCAGGCUGGUCCAGUAACAAUGGUAUUUCAUGUGAUUAUGCUUUAUGCAAUGGACUGACAAAUCUCAAUGGAACUUGUAAUGGUCGCAUAGACAAUUCACACAUCAUCUAUGAUGAUGGUACCAUUCAGUAUUUCCCAGAGGGCUCCUGUGACAGUCCUGACAGCUGUACAUGCACAAAGGCAGGAUUUUACAGUGGAGGACCAGUUUGUUUAAUGUGCACAGCCAUUUCAAACUGCAACCUAGAGACUUGCACCACCAGUACAAACCAGAUAUGCUCCAAGUGUGAAGGUACAGUACUUGACCUGGUGGGCUAUCGAGCCUAUGUUCCAUCUCCUGACAGGAGGGCAUGUAAUAAGGCAUGUUCAUGGCGCCCUGACAGUACACGUUGUUAACCAGGCAGCUGUUCCACAGAACUCUCUAGCAGCUGCACAUGUUCAUCUGGCUUUGGAGGAAUCCACUGUCAAAACAUUGUGUCUCAAGCUAACAUCAUCUACAAUGAGCUAAAGCUAACUGCUGUAGAUGGUUCUAUUGCAACUGCCGCAUUAAAUAUAAAUGGAGACCAUACUGCUGCUCAGAAUGAAGUCUGGACAAAUAUUGUAGCUUCUGCAAAGCAUCUCCUACCGAUGGGAUGCCAGUUUCGUCCACCUUACCUAGCUAC